AUGAAUGGACAAGCACAUGGAGAUCCACUAGUAAUCAACUUACUCAUAGAAGAGUGGGGAGUCAAAAGAAUACUGAUGGACAUCGGGAUUUCAGUAGAGGUCCUCUUCUACGACACGUUCAAAAGAAUGGAGCUAUAUGAUAAAAUUUUAAUUCCUUCAACUUAUCAGAUUUAUGGCUUCAAUGGGACAGUUUCCGUACCAAAGGGGGAAGUCACUCUCAGAGUCUCUAAUGGGGAGGGAUACUUGGACAUGCUUACCACCUUCUGCAUUGUGGACGUAGUAUCGCCUUAUGAGGCAAUCCUCGGAAGGCCCUGGAUCGCAGGCAUCAAAGGGGUGGCAUCGGCUUACCACCAAAGGUUAAGGUUCCCUUCUUACAAGGGAGUCGUGGAAGUACUAGGUGAUCCUCAGGCCGCACUACAGUGCAUGCAGUUAGAUAUCCAGCAAAACAAGGAGUGA